AUGUUACCGCUGCUGCUGGCGGCGCUCGGAGCGCCCGGGGCAGCCCCCUUCGUGCUGCAGGUGGCCUCGUGGUGCUCGCUGGCCACCAACGGCUCGCUGGUGGCCACCAACGACUCGCAGGAGCUGCUGCUGUCGCUGUCCCAGCUGCCGCUGCUCUGCGGGGACCUUCGGGGACCUCGAGCCGUCCCCUGCCCGGGCACGGGGGGACCUUUGGUGGCACUUGGGGACAUCCUGGCCCUGGCCCUACAGAAGGACCCGAGGUGGGGCCAGCGGCUGGGCCAGCGGCAGCGGCUGUGCCGGGAACUGCCGGGAAAGGUGUGGCCACCGGCCAGCGGCCGCCUCCCCGAUGUCCCUUUUUUGUCCCCAGCGCCGCCGCGCCUCCGCAUCGUCCCCGAGCGCUCGGGCCCCGCGCUGGCCCUGACGUGUCACGCCUGGGGCUUCACCCCCCCCGAGGUCACCCUGCGGUGGUUCCGCAACGGGGACGUCCUUGGGGACGCUCGGGGACAAUCGCGGGCGCUGCCGGUCGGGGACGGCACCUUCCGGGCGCAGGUGACGAUCAAGGUGGCACCGGGGACGAGGGACACCUUGGAGUGCUCGGCGCUGCACCCCAGCCUGGAGGAGCCCGUCGGCGUCACGUGGGCUCCAGGAUUGUCCCCGAGUUUGUCCCUUCUGGUGGCCCUGGCGGUGCUGGCUCUGCUCCUGGGGCUCCUCCUCUUCACCUUCGGCCUCUGCCGCUACCUGGGCACAGGUUACGCCCCGUUCCCUGGUGCCACCCACGCAGGUGAGGGACCCCAAUGUCAAUUUUUUUGUCACUUUUUGUCAUUUUUGUCAGUUUUGAUCACUUUUUGUCCUUUUUUAUCCCUUUUCUGUCAUUUUCCCAUCCAUUUUUGACCCAUUUUGUCCAUUUUUCCUCAU